AUGACCAGCUUUGAUUUUUCUGCUGCUUGCUCAACACUUGAAAUCCCGGUUCCAUCAGAAAUACCAAAAGUAUAUUCAGAGCAAUCAAAUACUCUCAGAAGUAUUGAAGAAAUCUGCAAAAGAUCAACUGCCCUGUAUUUAGUCGCAACGUAUAGCGAAGGAGUGAUCCAAAAGAACUGCCCAAUUGAAGAAUCACAGAAAUAUAUCAAAAAUUACAUAACAAAAUUUAAGGCCGCCGAAUAUUUCACAACAAAUGAAAAAGAAUAUCUUGAAAAUAAAACUCCUUCAGAUGAACAAGUAGGUUUUCUUUGCUGGAGAUGGGAAUCCCUUCAUUUCAUUUUAUGGGCAUGCGGAUUUAUUGCAGAUUUGGGUUUACCGAAUACACCAUGUCAGACAUUUAAUUGUGCAAAAGUAUUCAACAGAAAUAGAUCAAAUGAAGCAUUCACAAAGUCUUCAAAGAUGCUUCCAUUAGAAAAAAUUAUCGAAAUGGCAAAUUUCGUAGAAUACAUUGGUUCUUGCGAAAAGGCUAAAGUCGAUGUAGGCGUUCUUACAGAAUGGAGAAAAGCUUCUAAGUGGUUACUGACAGCAGAACAAUGGGAAUAA